AUGACUACUCGGAUCUUCACUAUCCCUACGCACUGCAAAGCAGGCGUCGUUGAGAAUGAGGGACCAGACUUUCGAGUCCGCGUCGAGGAUGUCCCUGUUCCAGAGCCAGGCCCCGACGAAAUCCUCAUCCGCCUCCACGCAACCGGCAUCUGCUCAUCCGACAUCCACACAAUGCAAGGCGACCUCGGCAUGCCACCAAUGUCGACCUUCGGGGUACGCUCGCCAGGUCACGAGGGCGUUGGUGUCGUGGUCAAAGCAGGCGCCAAUGUCAAGAACUUCUCUGUCGGUGAUCGCGCAGGCGUGAAGCCGUUGCUGGAUACUUGUGGCUCUUGCGAGAUGUGCUGUGGGGAGCGGGAGAUGCAUUGUGCGAGUGGUGUGCAUACGGGGCUGAUGAGGGCUGGCACAUACCAGCAAUACAUCGUCUCCCCCGCUCGCUACGCAUCCCCCAUACCCGACGGUAUCCCCGACGAAGUUGCCGCACCAAUCAUGUGUAGCGCCGCAACGAUGUACCGCUCGCUCGUUGAGUCGGGUCUGAAAGCAGGAAACUGGGCUGUCUUCCCAGGCGGUGGUGGAGGCGUCGGUAUUCAAGGUGUACAACUUGCAAAGGCAAUGGGGAUCCGCCCGAUCGUGGUUGAUACAGGUGCCUCGAAGAGACAGCUAGCCCUUGAUAUGGGCGCGGAAGCAUUCGUCGACUUCAAAGAGACACCUGAUACAGCAGCUGAAGUUAUAUCUAUCGCCGAUGGAGUUGGUGUGCACGGUGUCUUUGUUACGGCACCUGCAGCUUAUAAGACGGCGCUCUCGUAUAUUGGCAACCGUGUAGGUGCGGUGGUUAUGUGUGUGGGACUAGCACCACGGGGAUCAAUGACCGUGGGUGGAGAUCCGAAUGAGUUGAUCUUCAAGAAUGUCACGAUCAAGGGGACACUUGUGGGGAGUCGCAAGGACGUGGCUGCGGCGCUGGACUUCGCGCGCAGGGGGCUACUCAAGCAGAUUUGUGAGGUUUACCCUGUUGACAGGCUGCCCGAGGCCGUGGAGCGGUUGAGGAAGGGGCAGGUUGCUGGGAGGAUGGUCGUUAAAUUCGAUACUGAUUAA